UGUGACGUCUUUCAGAGGGCUUUGUGAUUGCUCAGUCCUGAGUAUAAGCCCUAUAAAAUGACGGACUUUGAAAUGCUGGUCAGGGUACAGUGCAGAGCAAUAGCUGGUUUAACAGCCAAGCCUUAGCCAGUGCUGGGGCAGAGAAGCAUUUGUGCCUCUCUGGCCUCCAGAACUUCAGCACCCAAGACAGCUCCAACGCCCUGCAGAAGAUUCCUGAGGUGCAUCACCCACAAGAGGCUGAGAUGGAAGCCAGGAGCAGGCCCCAGCUGCUUGUGGUCCUGAUGCUUCUCAGUGUGCUCUUCUCACAAGCACUGACCUGGCCUGUGUUCGGACCACCGUCUGCUCUGAGUAGGAUGAAUGAGAGAAUACCAUUCGAAGGAGCAAAUGACCAUGAUCAAGUCGCAUUAAGAGCAGACUCUGGCAUCUUGCAAAAUGCACCAGCUGAAAGUGACACACCCUAUUAUGAUGAAUCCAGAAUUACCAGACAUGCUGAUGGAGUUUUCACCAGUGACUAUAGUAGGCUGUUGGGUCAACUAUCUGCCAGGAAAUACCUUGAGUCUCUGAUUGGAAAGCGAGUUAGUAACAUCUCAGAGGACCCUGACAUCUUAGAGGACCCUGAACGGAACAGACGUCACUCGGAUGCCCUCUUCACUGACACCUACACUCGCCUUAGAAAACAAAUGGCUAUGAAGAAGUACUUGAAUUCAGUUCUGAAUGGGAAAAGGAGCACUCAGCAACAACCUCCUGACUUGACUGAAGAGCUAGGAAAAUAAUAUUUAAAAGCUCUUUGGAGCAAAACAAGUGAAUUCUUGAAGACAAAGUAAUUUACAUUUUGAGUUCUACAUAACUAUUUCAAGAAAACAACUUCAAUAGCAAAACCAAAUAAAAUAUACUGUGUUGUGAAUGUGGUGAUUUAUUUUAUUCUGAUGUAAUAACUGUGAUGUUUACAUUGUAAAUAUUAUUAGAAAGUCCUAAAAUUUGUCUUUAGCUUAUAAGAGGUCUGUAAUUUCAGAUGCUAUAUAUUCUCUAACAAAAAUAUGUUUAAUGAUAAGUAGACAAUAGAUUAAUUACAGCUGUGUGAGAGGUUUUCUGGAAGGGUAAUGACAGAAGCAAACUGAUGAGUUUAUUUAUAGAGUUCACUAUUCAGAAAAGUAGAGCAAAUAAGCAGUGUAUCUACAUUUGAAUGUUAAGCAGAGAGAAUGCUGUUAACUAAAUCUCAGAAUAGGUAAGAGAACAUCAACAACAAUGAUAAAGACUUUCUUAAGACAGACUUUCAGGAUCUUCUGUUUUCACAUUUAUAGACAGCUUUAUUGCUAUUGCAUUAAAAAAACCCCUCAAAUUUAGGUCUCUAUUUACCAAAGGCUUUCUUCUGACUUAGUGUUUCAGUUAAGAGACUUGACUUGGACUUCAGUUAAGAGAUUGCACUUCUGACCGUGGACCUUCCCUUUGUGCUUGUGUGAAGUAUGUGCAAAAUAUAAACGGAAUAGAAUGCUUGUUUUUCAGGAAUAAAUAUUUUUCCAUAAUACUUCUGAAUAAUAUUUAGUCGUAUCAGCUUCUUUCAGUGAAAGUAGAUUUGGAGACACAACUAUUUUUCCAAAAUGAUUGUAAGAAGUAAAUAUAGAAAAUAAAGACCUUUGAUUAUUAUUGCA